CGACACCCUUCUGGAUACAUAACAACACCAGGGCGCAUUAUCACCAAGUCACCUCGACCGGUUACUCAUACACCACCACACACAAAACACAAUGGCUUCCCAACAAGAAUCCCGAAUGGACUCGUCAGCAUUUGACAGCAUCCCCGACACCGUCGAGGCAUUCCGCAACGGCGAAUUCGUCGUAGUCCUCGACGACCCCGGCCGCGAAAACGAAGCCGACCUCAUCAUCGCCGCCGAAUCCGUCACCGCGCAACAAAUGGCCUUCAUGGUGCGCUACUCGUCGGGCUUGAUCUGCGCGCCCAUCCUGCCCCAGCGCACGCUCGACCUCGACCUCCCGCAAAUGGUUUCUGCAAACGAGGACGCGCGGGGGACCGCCUACACCAUCAGCGUCGACGCCGCCGACCCGUCCGUCACGACGGGCAUCAGCGCGCACGACCGCGCGCUUGUCUGCCGCGUGCUGGCGGACGAGAAGACUAGACCCGAAGAUUUGCGGAGACCGGGACAUGUCUUUCCCUUGAGGGCCAGACCCGGUGGCGUGAGGCAGAGACGGGGUCAUACGGAGGCGGCGAUCGAUUUGUGUAGACUGGCGGGCAAGAAGCCGGCGGCGGUGAUCAGUGAGUUGGUGGAUGAUGGACGGGAGGUGGAGGGCCAGGCGGUCAGGGAGGAGCCGGGCAUGAUGAGGGGGGAGCAGUGCGUGGCGUUUGCGAGGAAGUGGGGGUUGAAGGUUUGCACGAUUGAGGAUAUGGUCAAGUAUCUGGAGGAGAAGGAGGGGAAGUUGGGGGAGGUUAAUGGCUCGUCGUGAGUGAUGGGGAAGCGGUUGGUUGUUACACGGUUGAUCGGAUGGGUUGGACAGACUACCAUAAAAGGGAUUUGGUUAUACUGAAUAAGGAUCAAAAAGAUGGGAAUUUUACCCCGAGUUGAGGGUCGUGUUUACAGGCGGGAAACGGUUUACAUAGAGCUACAUUUGGUUCACACGGCACAUUACGGUACAUUCGCCACGUUCAUGUCACGUUGUAAAUACAGCA